CCCCACACAACUUGCAUUCCUCUGCUUCACGAACACACACACAACAGAGCUUCAAUAACACCGACCGAAUCAAAGUGUUACAGAGUUCAGAAAUUCCGAUUGAUUGAAAUCGCCCAGCCAAUGAUGGGUAAUGGAACGAUAUUCCAGCUGAUUCUGUGCUCUGCCCUGCUUGCCGGCCUGGCCCGCGCGGCGGCCGGCAACUUCUACCAGGACGUGGACAUCACGUGGGGCGACGGGCGCGGCAGGAUCCUCGGCAACGGCAACCUCCUGACGCUGUCCCUGGACAGGGCCUCCGGCUCCGGGUUCCAGUCCAAGAGCCAGUACCUCUACGGCCGCUUCGACAUGCAGAUCAAGCUCGUCCCCGGCAACUCCGCCGGCACCGUCGCCACUUUCUACCUGUCGUCGCAGGGAUCGGCGCACGACGAGAUCGACUUCGAGUUCCUGGGGAACGCGAGCGGCGAGCCCUACACGGUGCACACCAACGUGUACAGCCAGGGCAAGGGCGGCCGGGAGCAGCAGUUCCGCAUGUGGUUCGACCCGACCGCCGACUUCCACACCUAUUCCGUCCUCUGGAACCCCACCCACAUCCUGUUCUACGUGGACGGGACGCCGAUCCGGGAGCACAGGAACAGGGAGACGGCGACGGGGGUGGCGUUCCCCAGGAGCCAGCCGAUGCGGGUGUACGCGAGCAUGUGGGACGCGGAGGAGUGGGCGACGCAGGGCGGGCGCGUGAGGACGGACUGGGCCGCGGCGCCGUUCGUGGCCACGUACCGGGCGCUGGCGGCGACUGGGUGCACGUCCGGGGACGCGGCGGCGUGCGCCAGGCCCGGCGGAAGCCCGUGGAUGUACCAGGAGCUGGACAGCACGGCGCAGGAGCGGCUCCGGUGGGUGCAGAGCAACUACAUGAUCUACAACUACUGCGCCGACACCUGGAGGUUCCCCCAGGGCGUCCCGCCCGAGUGCACGGCGCAGUAGAAUGUAAAAUGCCACACGUUGCGUCGUUUGGGUUCGUGUUAUACAAUUGUGUGCGCGUGCAUGGUUGUACAGUAAGUAUGUAAUUAAGUGACUGAUGCAAUAAGCUCCGUGUGCAUAUAUUAUUACGAUUUUGUUACUGAGAAACCACUGUUUUUAGCUA